GAUGGGGGAGGUGAUUUAACACCGCGGUGAAGGAUGUGUCAGGCAGCGGCGUGCCCUCACACCCUAUUCACAAGAGUAUUCACUUGGAUGGUAUGUGCAUGUGGUGUGAAUUUAAUGAGUGGUAAUUUGAAGACACGAGGUAAUUAGAAGCAGAGGAAUGAUUGCAAAGAGACUUGGAAAUGGUGGGCUCGUAGCAAAUACUAUUACAGAGCACAAGAAUCCAUUUCUUACUCUGGACCUGUACUCCAGAGAAGCAACAGCAGCAGAGGGAUUGUAUCCCUUGCUUGUGGGAAUGUAUCCCUUGCUUGUGGAAGCUGCAAUGCAGCUAGGCUGCCAGGCUGUUGUAGCUGUAUGCUGACGGCUGAUCUCAGUCAGUCUUUUACAUCUUUUCCAGCCGCUAGGGCUGAUCAGACGUCUGAUCUGCUGAAGCAAGACGUGCAAGGCAGGUAUGUUGAUGUCAACUCU